UCGCGUAUCGAUCGCACGCGCGUUCUUACAACAGUUACUAGUGCAACACCAUGGUGAAGUUCGAAGGAGAUUUCAGUAUAAAUUCUAUACUGAUGAACCACGCGGCGAAUAAGCCACCGCCGUCGCCGACUACGUCGUCAACUGGCGCGUCGCCUUCUGAGGCAGACCUCAGCGAUUCGGAGCUCGAUGUCAUCGGCACCGAGCCCGUCGACUGCACCAAACCGAAAGAUGAUGACAAGAAGGAUAAGAAACAUGAGAAGCCAGCGUAUAGCUACAACGCCCUGAUAAUGAUGGCGAUCCGCAACAGCCCAGAGAAACGUCUCACGCUCAACGGUAUCUACGAAUACAUCAUGACAAACUUCCCCUACUACAGAGAAAACAGGCAAGGCUGGCAAAACUCUAUCCGCCACAACCUGAGUCUCAACAAGUGCUUUGUGAAAGUGCCUCGCCAUUACGACGACCCCGGCAAAGGGAAUUACUGGAUGCUGGACGCGUCUGCGGAGGAUGUCUUCAUCGGUGGCACGACCGGCAAGCUCCGUCGGCGGUCUGCACUCAACGGCAGAUCUCGGCUGGCUUGCUUCAAACGGCCACUGUUCCCUGGCGCUCCAUUGCCGGGUGCGUACCCACCUGCCACCUACUCGCAACUCGUCGGUCUCUACUCACAACUGCUGUACCAGAGAUACGCACCGAUGCAGAUGAAAACGCCGCCAGUAGCCCCGAGUGCGGUGCAUCCAGCCUUCCGUGGCGCAGAAGCGAUGGGUUACAGUGCUUUGCCGUACGCUCCCGCUUUAUACGGAGCGGAGAGACUUCCGUCGGCACCUUUUCUACAAACCUCGCUGUUACCAAACGCUCCUCUGAGCCAAAGUUCGACGAUGUUAUCGCAGACAUCCCCGUUGCUGCCGCCGUCGCCUCCGCUGAUGGCCCACUCACCACCGACGUCGGGCAGCUCGAGCCCCGAGCUCCCAUCGCCGUCGCACCACCCCCUCACGCCGCACAUCUACAAGCCCGUCACGAUUCUGUCAAGACAGUGACUCCACAAUUUAAGCAAUCUCAUAGAGGCUGAACCAAUUACUCGGGAGAGUACUUGAGACAUUUCCACUAUACUAUCUGUGAUUUAAUAUUAGUUAGUGUACAAAAUGGACCAGUGGACGAGAAGUUGUGACGAGGUCGGUAAUCUCUUGUGGCUGCGAUGCAUCGCGCAAUUGCAAUAUUCUCUACUUAUAAAUUGUUAAUUUAAUACCACUAGCAUUCCCCUAUUGUA